AUGACAGCUUUAGGAAAGGCUGAAUUUGGUGUUCAGACAUUUUUCGCAGCCAGUUAUCCUAAUGAUAAAUGUGGAGCUAAUGGCCUGCCACUAACACCCAACUCUAUUAAAAUAUUGGGACGAUUUCAAGUUUUAAAAACAUAUGAACAUCCCAAUAUCUGUAAAUAUUUAGACAUCGUCAGAACAAAACAUGAAAGGUUAAUAGUAGUAUCAGAGUAUUAUAAAGAUAACCUCCAGAAUAAAGUCAAAACUGAUCAUUUUCACAGUGAGAAGAAGGUGAUAGAGCUGGCUUUUGAAAUAUUAAAAGGAUUAACUUACGUCCAAUCUAAAAACCUGACACAUAGAAAUAUUUCACUGGAUAAUAUUCUACUUACUCAAAAAAAUGAAGUAAAGCUGUCAGAAUACGGGCUGUAUCACAUGACAGAUGAGGGAGCAGACGUCUCUUUUCCCAUUGGGAAAGCGAAGUAUAUGGCGCCAGAAGUGUUUUGUUGUGGACCAGUGGUGGUGGAUGAAAAUUGUGAGAAGGGGAUUUCCCCACCGUCUGGUCCCAAAGCUGACUGCUGGUCUCUGGGUAUUGUGUUGUUAGAAGUACUUCUGGUAAGCAAUAUGUUUGUCAAAAAACCAGAUUCGAUGAUAUCAAAGGUGUUAAUUUUUUUUCUAGAAAAAGAUCCAUUAGAAUUUCUUGCUAAGGAUUGUGGGUUUGAAGAUAAACUUCAGAAUAUAUCUGUUGAGUUAUUAUCUUUUAUAAAAUGGUGUUUAACGAAAUCACCCAGUAAACGUCCGAGUUGUCAACAGUUAAAACAUCAUUCUAUAUUUACUGUGUUAAACUCUCAGGAGGUACCAUAUAAGAAUGGUUAUAAGAUAUUGUCAGUAAAACCUAGAUCAUUAGAUUUAGAAUUACCUGUACUUGAUCAACUCUCGGUGUUAGACCCAGAUCAUCUGUCUCAACGUUCAAUGGAAGAAGUUUAUUAUUUAUGGCGUCUAGCUGGAGGUGAAUUAGAGUCCAUUUUAAAAAAGGCUGGAUUGAUCAAGUCACAUCCACCCAUCACACUUCUACCAUUACUAUGUGGAUGUGAGGGUGAAGUGUCUGGUCAUAUCAGAGAUCAAGGGGAAUUACUGGAUCAAACUAAAGUCGUCCUGUCACAAGAUCAAUUGAGAAAUAGGCUACAAGAUAUAGAAGAGAAGGCAUAUUACCCUCUUUUAGAAGAUGAUAAUCUAGGAUUACCCACGUCGCCUAGUUCUGGUGAUUUAUCUGAUACAGCCAGUUUACCGCUGGUUAUUAAAGAACGAGAUAUAGAAUAUCAGUUUCACCGUAUAAUUCUGUAUGAGAGGUUAUUAAAGGCCUACCCGUACAAACGUCCAUAUAUCUGGAAAGAAGCCAGGCUAGAUAUUCCUCCGUUGGUCAGAGCUCAUGUUUGGGCUGCUCUCUUAGAGGUUGAGGGUGAUAUAGAUGGUGAAUAUGAUAAUAUAGAUAAAGAAACACCUACCACCACUGACAGACAGAUUGAAGUAGAUAUACCACGAUGUCAUCAAUAUCAUCAACUACUCUCCUCCCCGACAGCUCAUUAUAAAUUUAAACGUGUAUUAAAAGCCUGGGUAGUUAGUCAUUCUCACUAUGUAUAUUGGCAAGGCUUAGAUUCAUUGUGUGCUCCGUUUCUAGCCUUAAACUUCAACCAUGAAGCGUUGGCGUAUGCUUGCUUAAAGGCCUUCAUUCCUAAAUAUCUUCAUAAUUUUUUCUUAAAAGACAACUCAGCUGUGAUACAAGAAUACUUGGCUGUAUUUUCUCAUCUGAUUACAUUCCAUGAUGCUGAGUUAGGAAAUCAUUUAGAUGGUAUAGGAUUUAUUCCUGAUUUAUAUGCUAUUCCUUGGUUCCUAACUAUGUAUGCUCAUGUUUUUCCACUGCACAAAGUCUUACAUCUGUGGGAUACACUGUUGCUAGGCAACUCAUCCUUCCCACUAUGUAUUGGAGUGGCUAUAUUACAACAGCUGAGAGCGAGGCUAUUAUCGUAUGGUUUUAAUGAAUGUAUUCUACUAUUCUCUGACAUGCCAGAGAUUAGUAUAGAACAGUGUGUUCAAGAUUCAAUUCGUAUUUUCUGCAGUACACCUAAAAGCGCCACCUAUCGUCAACAUGCUCGUCCAAUGAAAAAGGUUAAUGAUAUGCGACCUAAUUUAUCGUAUUACAGUCGUGAUUACAAUGAACAGCCUCAAACAGAACUGUCUAUGGAAGCCAUAAGUAUAGAAGAUUUAAAAUCAGAGAAAUGUCCGAGGAUAUCAGCUGAAGAUUUGAUAGAACUGGGAGAGCUAGCUGGACCACGUCAUACUAAAAGUCCAACCAAGAAAAAGCAAUCGGGAAAACCAAUGAUAUUAGUUAUUGAUGUCAGAUCAAUAGAAGAAUUUAAACGUGGUAAUGUACCAGGCAGUAUCAAUAUACCGUUCCAAACAGCUUUCUCUCCUGAAGGUGACCUUUCACCUUGUCAAUCAGUAACGACCUUGAACUCUUGUAAGAGUCUGGUCAAGGUCAUUGUUGGUAAUCGAGGACGAAAUGCCAGUAAUUUUGCUAAUGAGUUGGUAAGAUUAGGUUACUCGCGAGUCUGUGUUCUACAUAAAGGAAUUGAUAUUUUACGUUCAACUGGAUUAAUCAUAGUGCCGCCUGCUGAUUUUUAA